AUGCAGGCGCCGGCACCUGAGCGCAAGCCGCGUACCUUGGGCAUGCUGGUGUUGGGCGUGGCCGCCAUGGCAGGCCUGCUCCUAUUGGCGGUGGCCCACAGCUCGGCUGGCAGCGUUGGCUACCUCUCCUCGCCCUCCCAGCUCGUGUCCACCCUCACCGCAGCCUCCCUUACGGGAAUGGACGAGAAUAGUGGCGUUAACUCUCCUGUUAGCGACAUUGGGUCGAGCUUCUACGACGCCGCCGUCGUGUCGCAGACCGACAAGGUGACGGCGGCCAAUGCCAGCGGCGGCCACGCCACCCACCACUACGAAUACAUCUACCAGAAGUACCUGGGGCACCUCAACCCGCGCACCCCGCUGCGGCUGCUGGAGAUUGGGCUGGGGUACGGCAUGCCGCCGCCGCACGUGGCAGGGUCGAGCUUGCAGCUGUGGCGUGCCUACUUCCCCAACGCCGCCAUCAGCUUCAUCGAAUUGCACGAGGGGACUGCGGAGGAGUUCCGGGAGGAGAUUGAGGAGACGGGGGGCAACAUCUUUGUGGGCAGCCAGUCCGACCCGGACGUCAUGGCGCAGGUUCGGCUCCUGGCGCUGGCCACCGGCGGCUUUGACGUCAUCAUCGACGACGGAGGCCACAUCCCGGCGGACCAGCGGCGCUCGUUCGAGGGCCUGUGGCCGGCGGUGCGGCCCGGCGGCGUGUACUUUGUUGAGGACCUGCUGACGUCGUACUGGGAGGAGUGGGCCAAGACGCCCAAGGAGGACUCCAUCAUGGCCUUUGUGAAGCAGGCCAUCGACGCCAUGAACUGCCACAGCGUGGAGCCGGGGCCCAACGCGCAGCGGUGGAAGAAGUUCUGCGAUGUGGAGCACCUGGGCAAGAGCUUUGCCUCCCUGGACUGUGCACCCGAGAUCUGCGCGGCGGUGAAGGCGCGGGAGUAG